AACUACCGAGUCGCAAACUAGGUAGGUACUAAGUACUAACCAAAGAUUCGAAGAAAUGUGCAACGAGGGAAAACAUAAGAGAGAGAAAUAACAAAGAACCAGGUUAUCAAAACACUAAACAGUUGUAGAGUGGUUGUAGACUGUAGUUUUGUGUCAUAAGUUUUUCGUGCUUUUUGUUAAUAUUCGUUGCAAGAAUUGAUUUGACAAAAGUUAUUUGAUAGUUAACGUUACUUUAUUAAUUUUGACAACAGUAUUAAUAUCCUGCAAUUAAAGUUGAAUGUUUAUUUCUAAGUGAGCUAAAAAAUGUUAACGGUGUUAUUGUGAAACUGAAUAUUUCGUAACUGCAUAUAUGGGACUUCUUUUUAGCACGGUUCGUAGGUGACAAUUAGCAAAAUGACGGUAGAGAAGAGCAAAGGUUUUGAGAAGAGCAAGGGCUACCAGCCAGCGACGCGCAAGGUCGCACCAGACGGUGGAUGGGCGUGGAUGGUGUGUUUGGGAGUCAGCUUAGUGAAUUUCUCCACGCGUUCACUGGAGCCAUCGUUCGGUUUGCUGUUCAAGGAUCUGUUGGACGACCUCGGGGUCCACACGACAGGGGCGGCAGUGAUCGCCAGUACCCUUGACUCGGUCGUGAACUUCUCCGGUUUCUUCGUGGGACCCGUCAUCAAAACCUUUUCAUACAGAAAGGUGUGCUUCGUCGGCUCGACGAUAUGCGCCCUUGGUCUUCUCUUCACCGCGCCGGCGAACAGUAUGGCACACAUAUUAGCUACAUACAGUAUACUUGGCGGGUUCGGAGUAGGUUUAGCGUCAUCGUCUUCCUUCGUAUCAUUAAAUCAUUACUUCUCCAAAAAGCGCGGUCAAGCGGUCGGUUUAUCGAUGGCUGGCACGGGCUUCGGUUUGAUGGUUAUGCCGCAAUUAGUUAAAAUAUUACUUGGGGAAUACGGGUUCAGAUGGACCGUGGUUAUAUUAGGAGCGCUGGCGUUCCACGCGGUACUGGGAUCGACUCUAUUGCAACCUGUGGAACAGCAUCUGAAGGAGGAGCCGGUGGAUUGUGAACUGCAGCCUGUUAAGGAAAUGGAGUGCAUCAACGAAAGCGACGAAGAAGAAGAAGACAAAUUUGAAAUCAAUCCACUUGUUACUCAUCCGAUGCCCAAACUGACAACUCAAAGGUCCCACAACAAUAUGAACCAUCCGUCAGUUAGAACUGUUGGUUUACCACGAGCGAAGACAUGUGACAAACCAUUGCAAGAAUUUGAAAGGUGUAAACAGAACCAAGGAAUGACAACAGCUGCGUCUCUAGCAGCGAUGCCAAUGGUGAAGUCAAGUGGUAGUAUAAGCGAAGCGGCCAGGAAGAGGAAAGUGUCUGUGAUAUCUAACAUAUCCAAUAUGGACUUUACGGGUAGCUACUUUCAGCUGUAUCUUGAUACGGCAGACGAAGACGCGCUUCAAAUGAAAGCUAUAAAGAAAAGUGAACCUGAGGAGAAGAAGAAGAGUUUUAUAAGAAAGUUCAUAGCUCUCAUGGAUCUAGAUUUACUAAAAGACUGGUCUUUUCUAAACCUUUUACUUGGACUCUCCUUGUUUUGGGCUGGGGAGUUGCAGUUUCGUAUGUUGACGCCUUUCUUUAUUAGGAGCUUAGGUUAUAAUAUGAAUGACACGGCUUUUUGCCUCUCUAUGACCGCCAUCACGGAUAUAGGCGUUAGAUUGGUGUUGCCUCCAAUAUUCGACAGAACCACGAUAUCCAAGAAGAUGAUAUUCUUCGUGUCUUCCUUCUUUUUGGCUGCUACACGAUCAGUGCUAGCAGAACAAUCAGAAUGGGUGCCACUAAUGAUCUGGCUGUCCAUAUGUGGUUUCUUCCGAGGCAUGUGCCUGAGCAACUUCACUCUAACGAUAUCCGAGUACUGCCCCCUUGAGAAGCUGCCCGCUGCGUUCGGUCUGCACAUGGUCAGCAAGGGUGUGCUCGUUGUGCUCAUUGGACCGCUUAUUGGUUACGUAAGAGAUUACACGAACAGUUUCUCAAUAUGCAUACACGUACAGAAUUGUUUGAUAAUGUCGUGCGUGCUCGUGUGGGGCGUCGAGUACGCGUAUAACCUGACGCGGCGGCGUAAAGUCGUACAAAUAUAGUACUUAUACGGUACGAUAUUAGGUCCAAUUUUGUAUGGCAAAUUUGCAGAUAUAUUAUGACGAAUUUGUUAUUGUUGUACGUACUUCAUGUUGUUUUGAAGUUUGCUUGUUGGCUAUGUACGUUAAGGAGCGGUUAAUUUUAUGUCAACCUACUGCCAGGUUACAGCAGUACUUAGUUUGAUACUUAAUGUUUUGUUUAGUGAUUAUGUUUUUGAAAUUUAUUAACAAUACUGACUCUCGUUAUGAUGACAAGUGAUAGGUUUAUACUUUAUAGGUAGUUUAUUUGACAUGGCUGGUGAAUUAAAUAGAUUAGGUAUGACUUUGCAUUGCAAGCACAAACCAAGCAUUUCUUAAAAUAGGUCGCCAAUCAUCGCAAAGUUGAAAUAAUUAGACUCGGGUCCAUGUCAAAUUUUAUGAGUAUCAGCAAACUAGAAUUAACUAUAAAAUUCAUAUCAAAAUGAAAAGACAAGUAAAUAUAAAUCUCUAUUUACAUUUUAAAUCCUAUACUAUCCCUACUCAUGACAAAAUUAGCCUCUCUCUAAACUUUUUCUUCAUGACUUUUUAUUAUUUUAAAAUUAUAUAAAAGUGAAUGUGAAAUACGCAUAUUGAAAGUCGUUAAUAGAAUAUAAUAUUUGUUUUCUGUAUAGGCUCACUUUAAUAUGUAACAGACAUUCAGUGUUACAAAUAUUAAGCCUCAUUUUGGAGCUUAAAAUGACGAAACGUAUAAUUAAUUAUUAUUUUAUUUUGUAAACGUAUUUUAACUUUUAUUAUCUACUUAUUAUUUUAGGAAUUUUGCGAAAAAAUAUAAUCCCAGUAUACAACGCAAGUCGAUGCAUUUUGGUAGACGUGAGCAGAAAAAAUAAUGAGUUGUGUGUAAAAAAUAAUGUCUUCGAGCGUCCCAGUGUGAACAAUGUUUACCAGUUUUAGAGUAUUUCACAAAUAUAUGCCAAUAAAUGAAGUUUGUAUACUAAACUUCUGUAGUAAUAUUAAAAUUAAUAUACCUGUUUAACAGUUUUAGAAAACCUUUUAACCUUCGUAGUUCUUUUAAUGAUUGUAUUUUUAGAUGAUUGUUGGUAGUUUGGAAAGUUUUAUCGACUAAAACACUAGGUUUUAGAUGCCUCCUACUUCAUUGACUUCAAGCAUAACCUUGAAUUGUUAACAAAACUUAUAUGAAAUUUAUUGUGUAGUUCUAAAAGAUGUGUCAAUGUUUUAUGCUGCCACAUUUUUCUUCGUAAUUUGUCUUGACAUUUUUCUACGACGCAUAUUUCUUCAUGUAUUUUAGACGCGAAAACUCGCGGGUCUAGUAAGUAUUUUUAAAACGUUAAAUAACAUUUUGAUGACCUCAUACUUCGCUCUUCCUUGUUCCAUUUUUAUACAUACAUAUUAUAUCAAUCAAUUUUAUAUGACUAUAUUUUUAUUGUAAGACCAGUGCUUUACUUUUAUUGAAUGCUAAAGAUUUUUGUUUCGGCAGUACAGUUAUUUUGUGAGAACGAUACUAUUUUAAACGUAUGAUUGUGUUCGAUGUUUAUAAUCGAUUUAACCAAAUGAUCGAAUCGAUUCCCAAAUCGAUUUUUUAUGUUGUUUGUAUGAAUUUUAUUGACGCAUUACGUAUGCGUUAUUUGUCUUCCGUAACCGAACUAAUUUUGUUUAAUUCAUAUAGUGUUAAAAAUGUAAUAAAUGGCAACAUUUUCCUGUCAAAUUUUAUUUUAAUCAAGCUCAAAAACAUAAAAUCGAUUAUUUUAUAUUCGUUUCUUCCUUUUAAACAUAAGCAUCGAUGUUUUUGUUGUUAUCUUUUAACUAUUAAUUUUCAUGACAAGACUUAAUUUGCCCUUAAAGCAAAUUACAAACUCAAUUAUUGAAAUGUAUGUGCCAAUGUUUUUAUGUGGAAGGAACUGAAAUGAAAUUAGUUGUAAGGUAACGUUUUUAAACGUAUGAAUAGAGAUGACUUAACAAUGAAAUGUGUGAUGGAUUUAUAUUAUAUAUUUUUAUAGCGUUAAUCAUAUUAUUUAAAUGCAUUACAUUUGCCUUCUAAAAGUGAGUAAGUGUUUGUUUUGUAGACAUGUAAUAAACUAAGGUAUUACUAAUAAAAUGUUACCCAUUCGCUAUGCAAUGGAUUAGUUAUUGCAAUAACCUGUCUUGUUUUUAUGAUUGGACUUUUCAUGUGAGCAAGAGCAGGACUAUGGUAGAAAAUGGUAGAAAUUUAUCCAUUUUUUAACUUUUUAUUAGUAAGGCCGAAAGAAUUAAUAGGGAUAAAGAUUUUCUUUACCUAUAUAAUAUAUGUCUAUUUUGAAUGUGGUAUUUCGUGACUGUUUCUAAAUAUAAAUCUACGUAUAUAUUUUAAAAUUAAGUAUACAUAUAUGUAAUUUGUUUCCACGCUAAUUCUGUCUAUAUCUUUGUUUUAAUUUUAGUGUCGGUUUAUAAACAAAUACGACGCUUAUAAUUAUUUCAAUUUUAGUUUGUUUUUAAAUUAAUUUAACUCAAAUACGAAAUAAUAUUGUUGCGUUUUAUAAGUGGAUUUAGAAAGUGGAAAAUAUUCUAAGAAUUUUGUUUGCGUCGUAAUUUGUUUUAGUGUGCUGUUAACUUUAAUAAUCAUUGACAAACAUUGUUUUAUAUAAAAUGUUAUAUAUUUUGUUGUUUACGUACUUACUUAUUUUAUACGAUGGUAAAUUUUCCUAAUAAUUAUUUCCAUAUAAAAAUAUUUUAUCAAAUGAAGUAAAAAUAAUAUGAAAAUGUAAUUCCUAUUGUGUUUUGCGGGUCGAUCUAUGUACAGUAGGCGCUUGCUAAUCCGGCACCGGCAAUUUUUCCUCUAUGCCGGAUUGUCGGAAAUGCCGGAUUAUCAAAUUAGUAUAGGAAAUAAGACUUCAUAUUUAAAAUGGUAAGUUGAAUUUAUUAUAAAAAAAUUCCACGUGGCUUCAUUAUUGAGGUUAGGCCCGGACUGCCGAGCGAAAGAAACUACUCGAACACCGCCGGCCGCGCCGCUCAGUAGUCCGGCGUUCAGCUAUGUAAAAUGCCGGAUUAUAGAGCGGGCUGUCUGAGUCCCGAAGUGCCGGACUACUGAGCGUGCCGGAUUGGCGAGCGCCGGAUUAUCGAGCGCCUACUGUAUUAUAUCAUAACGGCUGACAAGUGCAUUAUGGAUGAAAUAUUUAUAUUUUGUCUCUUAGAGCUGUACUUGUACUAUGUAAAAUACUAUAUUAUUGAUUAAUGUACAAUGUAUCUGAGUACAUAUUAAAACAAGACAAAAAACAAUGAUUAAACAAGUAAUUGGUUACCC